UCCUGUGAAGGCCGUACGGGCGCGGGCCCCGAGCAGGCCGAGCGCCGAGCGAGCGAGCCAGCCAGCCCCCGAGCCUCCGCCGCCGCCAUGGGCCAGAACGCCCUGAUGGGCACGGCCGAGGACUUCGCCGACCAGUUUCUCCGCGUCACUAAGCAGUACCUGCCGCACGUGGCGCGCCUCUGCCUCAUCAGCACCUUCCUGGAGGACGGCAUCCGCAUGUGGUUCCAGUGGAGUGAGCAGCGCGACUACAUCGACACCACCUGGAGCUGCGGCUACCUGCUGGCCUCCUCCUUCGUCUUCCUCAACCUGCUGGGGCAGCUGACUGGCUGUGUCCUGGUGCUGAGCAGGAACUUCGUGCAGUAUGCCUGCUUCGGACUCUUCGGGAUCAUAGCCUUGCAGACAGUUGCCUACAGCAUCUUAUGGGACUUGAAAUUCUUAAUGAGGAACCUGGCCCUGGGAGGAGGCCUGCUGCUGCUCCUGGCGGAGUCACGGUCGGAAGGGAAGAGCAUGUUUGCCGGUGUCCCCACCAUGCGGGAGAGCUCCCCCAAACAGUACAUGCAGCUGGGGGGCAGAGUCCUGCUGGUCUUGAUGUUCAUGACCCUCCUCCACUUUGACGUCAGCUUCUUCUCUAUCCUGCAGAACGUGGUCGGCACAGCCCUGAUCAUCUUAGUGGCCGUUGGCUUUAAAACCAAGCUGGCGGCUUUGACUCUCGUCGUCUGGCUCUUUGCCAUCAACGUGUAUUUCAACGCCUUCUGGACCGUUCCAGUCUAUAAGCCCAUGCACGACUUCCUGAAGUACGACUUUUUCCAGACCAUGUCCGUGAUCGGAGGCUUGCUCCUGGUGGUGGCUCUGGGCCCUGGGGGCGUCUCCAUGGACGAGAAGAAGAAGGAGUGGUAACAGGCCCCGUCCCUGCCCGGCUGCGGCCCGCGGUUGGCGAGGACUGCCCGGGGUGGAUUCGACGAGACUGCCAGCGUUCAUGUAUCCUCUUCCCCCCCUCCCUUGGUAAAGGCACAGAUGUUUUGAGAACUCAUUUGCAGAGACACCUGAAAAUUGACGGCUAAAGCUGCCUUGGAACCACAAUUUGGUAUCUGAGUAUUCAGUGCUGGCCAGACCGUUAGGCCCCCGCAGCCCAGGCCACACUGGGUGGGCAGCCCGGCUGCUUGUGGCCCCUCAGUCCGAUUUUUGUGUUUGUUUCCUUUUUGGGGGGGGUGGGUAGGGAGGCCUUCAAGCUGUACUGUGAGCAGAUACAUUUGUGUAUCAUUCAAAGUGGUCUCCCUCUUAUUAUUUUUAAAGUUUACAUUCUUAGCUAAAACUACUAAAUGAUUUGGGGUGGCCUGGCCAGACAUUACACACGCUGUUAAACUCCCUGGUUUGAAAUCAUACCGGGUGGCUUCAAGGUGGUUUCUGCCCCUCAUUGUAAUAUUUUAUAGGACAGUACCAAAUUUAGAGAGACCCAGAACCCAGAGAGGUGAUGCAGUAUUAAAGGGGCGACUGGAGCUGUUGCUUACGGUGAAAGUCCCCAAUCAGAAGGUCAGCUUGGCUUGGCUUAAAGGUUUCUACUGUGUGAUACCCCUGUCAGGAGAGUAGCUGCGGGAAGAGCCAUGGGGUCGGGCAUCCUGAGCCAGAGGCUGCACUCAGGAAGGCUGGCCAGGGCACCACACACUUCGUGGGCCUGCCAGCGGCGCCACCCUACUGGUCAGCCUGCAGCCUCCUGUCUGGCCAGCCUGAAGAGGGGACAGCUGCCGCAGGGAAGCACAGCGACAGCAGACUCCAGGACCCAUGGGCUCAUUACCUCGCACUUGACCUUUCCACAGAGUGAGCUCUGAAAUUCACAGGUGCUGACUUGGUAAUAGCACCUGCUUGCCCACCUUCCCGGCUGAGGGUUGUCUCCAGCUGUGGCUCACACUCUCAGGCGGCCCUGACUGACCAUUCUUAUGAGGCCGUUGCUUGCUCAGAUUCUGUUUUUUGCUAUGCUGAAUGCAGCCAAAAUUAUUUUCUACAAUUUGUGAUGCCUUAUCGAUUUGAUCUUAAUCUUCUAAAAGUUUUCUAACAUUGCCUUAUACUGUGUUUCUCUUCUUGGGGGUAUUCUCACUUGAUGUGGAUCCUCCUGGGGGGCUGGUGGACAGGGUGAGGCUGACCAAGGUACAGAGCCUGGUGCUGGGGGUAAGGCAGCUGCUCACGCCAGACUUGGGGAUGGAGUCCCUUGAAGGCCCAUCUGAAGCCCUAACCUGUCCUCAAGCUAGGUGUGCAAGACUUAGACCUGCCCCUAGCACUGGCUCUGGGCCCAGUCUUGAGCCAGGGGAAGAGGGGCUGCAGACUUUUGCCCACCAGAGCUUAGAGCCACCCCACACCCACCUCACCCAGGUGGGGUGACAGGUGCCCUCUCUAGCCUCCCCGCCGCGUGCCCCAGCCAGUGGAGGCUCAUCCCAGGAUGCCUCCAAGCCUCCCCACAAGUCUGCUGUGCUCCCCGGCUUAGGUGAAGUGGUGGCUGGGGGCAGAGCAGCUCUGUCUAUGUUGCCACUCAGAUGCCCCUGUGGAGAGAGGGACUCUACCACAGCAUCUCAACAUCAGGGCCAUGUCUUGGUCCACACGGGAAGACCACCCAUCAAAUGACACUGGCCAAGCCAGUCUCUGGCCAUUUUUUGGUAGGGUGAUGGGUCCUCCUUGGCCCUGUGCUUGAAGACUUGUUUGUGGAAAGCAGGACUGCCCCGAGCGAAGCAGGCCAAGUGGCGCCAUCGCUGCAUUCCACACCAGUGCCUGGGCUGUGGCUGUUCCUGUCUCCCCUGGCCCUGAGCGGGCUGGUGCUGGGGACAUACCAUCUACCAACUGGUUAUGGCAAAACAACUUCUGAAAACUUUUUUGCUUUACAUGGGAAACAGGUAUAAAUCUCAUUUUAUGCUGUGUUUUAUAUCUUAGUUGUGUUUGAAAACAUUUUGAUUUUUGGAAACAUAUCAAAAUAAAUGGCAUUUGUUGUA